GAUUAUCAGCCACACUUGACAUUCGAGAGGAAACAAGGAAACGCAAGAAUGCAUUACUUCUUUUUGGCAUGUAUUUUGGCGUGUGCUCCUUAUCACGCCAACAACGGUGUUUACGGCAGUAGGACGCUGCUGGUCGGACUUAUCUGCAUAGUCGUCAUUUUGAUAUUGACACCUGAGACAGAGAUUUCAGCUCUGCGAAUACAAGAUAGUGGCACGAAAAACGAAGAUGCGGCUCCUCCCUUGGCCCCCGAUGAAAUUGCCCUUCUCGAAAGUCUCGACUACUUGGAAAACGAUGACGUCGAAAAGGCAUAUGCCGUGCUCCAAGCGAGUUUUGAAAGCAGUGCGCGCAACCCCAACCCAGAACGGAGAGUGAAUCGUCUCAGCCAACGAAAAAUUAGUCUAGGUGGUGGGACUACAUUCACAACAGAAUACAAAAUCCGCCAGGAUAUAGAACAAGCACAGUAUUUGGCGGAAACCUUAGACGACUCCCAAAAGGCCGAGUUCUUCGCAUCGAUUGUUCUCCCGGUGUAUAAAAAGAUGCUACAAAGUAUUCCCCCGCUGGAAGCAUUGAGAGAAACAAUGGGAUUAUAUCAAUUUCAAAGGUCGGACGUCGAAUACGGUAUUAUGGACGUUUACAAUAGGGCGUUGCAUGUACCAGACGUUCCGGCUAGUCGGACCGAUGGAACACCUAUUCCCAUAUUUUCGGAAGCACUGGACCCAUCUCAGAUCGAAAAAGAUUGGAUCGAAUCAGAUGGUAUUGUAGUUGUUGACAAUAUUCUGUCGAAGGAGGCAUUGGAAUUGAUCCAACAGAAAGUACUGUGGGAAAGCACUGUGUGGUACCAAACAAAACUUCCUCAGCGAUUCGGAGGGUAUACGGGUGCAUACAUUGACGAUGGACUUCAUCAACGAAUAUUGCUACAACUUUCGGUAGAUUUGCGAAAACUACUUCCAAAUAUUUUCGAUGGACAUCCUUUGAAGUAUAUGUGGGCAUACAAAUGUGAGUUUGUCGGUUUGCUGUUGUUCUAUGCAUCUGCCGCUGUAGUUGUUUUACUUUACGUUCGUUAUGAAUCAGUUGCUGACAUUUUAUAACUAUUGCGCCACCCAAGAUGAUUCAGAGUACGGAGGGAUCAACUUGCACGCCGACGAAGCAGCCGUCAACGUCAAUUUGUGGUUGACACCAAACGAUGCAAAUCUUGACCCCGAGAGCGGGGGUUUGGUCGUUUACACAGUGAAACCACCACAGGAUUGGGACUUUGAGUUGUACAAUCGUGACACCGACUUUGUGUAUGAGCAUCUCAUCCAGCCCUCUGGAUUUGCCAACGUCACCGUGCCCUUUCGAGAAAAUAGGGCCGUUAUUUUCGAUUCAGCUCUGUUCCAUACCACGGAUGAGUUUCACUUUCGCCAAGGUUACAAAAACCGAAGGAUCAAUCUGACUCUCCUCUAUGGGGACAUGCAAAAAGGGAAACAACCGCCACAAUCUUUUGAACUCUGAUCGUUUUACGGUCGGAAAGAUGAGAUGACCAUAGUUUUAUCUCAAUAGAUUGAACGAUAUGCC